AUGCAAAACUAGCUCAGGUUUAGAAGAAAAUGCAAAUCGAUGAGGAAUUUAAAUCAAGAAUCUAUAAUCGAUUAAAUCAACAGCCCGAGAGAUUAGGAAAUCAGUUUAUUCGAAUUUAAAAGGUUUUGCGUUUUAUUGUAAAAAUAAAGAUAAAAGGAUAAAGCAUUGAAAUAAUAAUAGAAGAGAGAACAUCUAAGGAACUUGAUGGCGAAGAAAUUCAGAUUGAUUUACAAUGUAAUUAGGCUGCUUCAUCAUCACGAAAGAGUAAUUUUGGAAAGACAUGAUGAAGGACUCAAAAAGAAAUCUGCUUUUCUUAUAUUUCCAGUAAGCUAUGAAUUCAACUAGGGUGAUCCAUCUAGGAGGAUUUGGGAUAUUAUCUUACUGAUUACCUAUAUUCAAACAGCAAUUUAUUUACCUUUGAGAAUAGCAUUCAUGGAUAAAGGGUCAUCUGGAGUUUACUAAUUAGACCUAAUAAACGACAUUAUCUAUUGUAUUGAGUAUCAAUCGAUUUAUAUAGUUACAGACAUGCUUUGUAUACUGAGAUCUUGUUACUAUAAUAGAUAAAACGUAUUAGUUUAAAAUUAAUGGUUUAUAUUUUUAAAUUACUUGAAGGGUUGGCUCAUUCCAGACAUCAUAACUCUUAUUCCCUUGGAUUCUAUUUACAAGUAAUUAGUGGUUAAAUAGUUAGUUUACAUGUUUAAUAUCAUAAAUUCCCAAGACUCCUUAGAAUAUUUAGAAUCAACCGUAUAUUCAAAGUGUCCACUUUUCAUAAAAAAAAAAAUUUUUGUUACUAGUAAUUGGGAAAAUGUUUUUAAUAUAUUUAACUCUUAUUAAUUGAACAUCAUCAAGAUUAUAGUGAAAUUCAUCUAUGGUUUACAUCUUUUCUCUUGUCUUUGGUAUCUUGCUUCAAAUAUCAAUGAUAAUCAAUACGAGACAGAUCAAGAUUACAAAGGACUAUUAAAUUAGAAUUCAGAAUACAUCGGUUGUUUAUUUUGGGCUUUACAAACAUUUUCAACUAUUGGCUAUGGAAAUGAUGCAGCUAAGAAUUAUGCUUAAUAUAUUGUGGCUAUAUUGUGGAUGUUUCUGGGUGCUUCAUUUUAUUGUGUGAUAUUGCUUAAUCUCUCAGAAUGGCUAAAAAAACUUAAUUCAGAAUGCGUGUAUGUAGAAAUGUAAAAUACUCUGAAGCUGUUUUUCAAGAAGAUUGAUGUCAUUAAAGAAGUGCAGACGAAGAUUCAAUUGUAUUUAGCAUUGAACAUAAAAUAAAAUUAAGCAUGGUCUCUAAGCUUGUAAGAAUGGUUUCAAAAUUUACCAACAAUUAGGCAAAAGGAAAUUACUCUCUAUGUCUCAUAUAUCGAAAUUAUGUAGAUUCAUUUUUUUCGACUUAAUCUCAAUUUUUCUGUAUCCAUUUUACCAAAGAUGAUGCUUAUGAAAACUUAACAAAAUUGUAAAAUCUGGAUUAAAGAUGAGGUUGUUAAUGAAAUUUACUUUCUAAUUAGAGGUAAAUUACAAUAUAGAACUCAAUUUGGAAAAGUACUCUUACAAAUAAAUGAAGGAUCAGUUUUUGGAGAGCAAGAGUACUUCAAAAAACUCAUGCUUUCAAAAUAACACACCAGAAAAAACUAUGCUGUUGCCAUUGAAUUGUGUGAAUACAUUAUUUUGAAUGGAGAUUAUUUCUUUUAAUAGAUGAGUUCGUUUCCAGCCUUACGUUAAUAUUUAGCAAUCAUAGCUCACAAUAGAGAACAAAGGAUGAAGGCUUAAAUCAUCUAUAACCGAUUUGAAAGGGAGAGGGAGAUUAUGAAUACCUUAAAACUGGAAAAAAUCAAGGAAACUUGCAAUAUUGAUGUAACAAGAUACGAAGGAAUGAUUAAACCUCAAAAAUCGAUUAUAUAUGAUACACAACACUCAAGAACUUAGUAAAUUUUAGAAUAGUUAAUUCACAAUAGGAGAAAUAAAAUUGAUAAACUUAUGUAGUAAUUUAAAAAAGUUGUUCAGAUGAUAAUUUUUGCGAAUAAAUUAAUUGAGAAACAGUCAUUUAACGUUAGUAAAGUGCAUCCAUUAAUGAUAUUUCAAUAAUAGCAAUAAACCUAAACAACUUUGAAAACACAAUCGAAUGAAUCCAGAGUAUUUAUUUCGCAAUAACAAUAAUAAUUCAUUAAUUAAAAUUACUAGAAUCAAAAUACUAAAAAAAUUGAAAAAAGCAUUAUAAUUAAAAUGAAAUAAUUUAGUAAUGCAAGCUACAGAAAACGAAAAUAAUAAAUAAGUAAGAAAAUAUGGAUCCACAAUUAAUGCAAAAAGUAUGUCCUACAAUAAAUGUUCAGAGUCAAAUAUUCAAGACAUUAAAUUCAAAAUACUUACAGCUUCCAAGAUUAUGUUAUAGAAGUUGAUGAUUUUUCACAUUAUGAAAGAUAAUUGAAGAUCUUCAGAACUAAUUUUCAAGACCUUAAGAAAAUGAAAAAAUAACUAAAACAAAAUAAAGAAUUAUUGAAAAUUCAAAUUGAUGAUUUUGAAAAAGAACUACUUAAUGUGUAUACUUAAAUUGAAAAACUAGAAUUAAAAGCUUGA